GAGAUGUGAUUGGCUGAGUGGAGCGCCGGUGGGCCUAUCAGAACGGCUAGGGGGAGAGCGCUGCGAGGGGCGAGGGGUUGGGGCAGAGGACGGAGGCUGUGCCGCGCCGCGGGAGGAAUGGAGGUGGCGGCGGAGCCUGGAAACCUGGCAGGUGUCCGGCACAUCAUCCUUGUCCUCUCAGGAAAGGGGGGGGUCGGGAAAAGCACCAUCUCCACGGAGCUGGCCUUGGCCCUGCGCCAUGCAGGCAAGAAGGUGGGGAUCCUCGACGUGGACCUGUGUGGCCCCAGCAUCCCCCGCAUGCUUCGGGCACAGGGCAGGGCCGUGCACCAGUGUGACAGUGGCUGGGUCCCCGUCUUUGUGGACCAGGAGCAGAGCAUCUCCCUCAUGUCCGUGGGCUUCCUGCUGGAGAGCCCGGAUGAGGCUGUGGUGUGGAGGGGCCCUAAGAAGAACGCGCUGAUAAAGCAGUUCGUGUCUGACGUGGCCUGGGGACAGCUGGACUACCUGGUUGUGGACACCCCACCAGGGACCUCUGACGAGCAUAUGGCCGCCGUGGAGGCGCUGCGCCCCUACAGCCCACUGGGGGCCCUCGUGGUCACCACGCCCCAGGCAGUGUCUGUGGGGGACGUGAGGCGGGAGCUGACCUUCUGUAGGAAGACAGGGCUGCAAGUGGUUGGGGUCGUGGAGAACAUGAGUGGUUUCGUCUGCCCACACUGCGCAGAGUGCACCAACGUCUUCUCCCGGGGAGGCGGGGAGGCGCUGGCCAGACUCGCCGGAGUCCCCUUCCUGGGCUCUGUGCCUCUGGAUCCUGAGCUCACGAGGAGCCUGGAGGAAGGUCGAGACUUCAUCAGGGACUUCCCUAAGAGUCCUGCCUUCCCCGCGCUCUCCUCCAUAGCCCAGAAGGUUCUGAGCAAGGCGCCUGCUCGGGUCUCCUAACCAAGGCGGCCCCCCUCUCGCGUCUCCUGGCCCCAUGCACACAGGCCUAAACAGGGGCUGUGGCCGUGCAGGCGUCUCCCUGCCCCUGGAGCCACGCCGAGAGUGGGUGGUUCUGCCCAGUGGGCCGGUGGCAGUCCCAGGGGAAGGUGUGGGGUCCCGGCAGCUGAACUCUCAGGUGACGGCACAUCCGCUCUUGUCACGGUGCUCACGUGCCCCCGACCCACGGCCGGGCUGCACCUGGCAGCCCAGGCUCCAUGUGGGGCACGAAGCCUGCGUGUCUGGAAAAUCCCUGGGGCGUCUGCCGUCCUUAGGGCCGCCCUGAGCAAAGCUGGUGACAGCGGGGAGCAUCUUGUGAAGUGUCAGACUUGUUAACAUCAGAAGAACCCCCUAUUAAACGUCCCCCUGCUGCAGC